AAAUAGCUGCACUGAGGAUUCUUUCAUAUGUUAACAAUCUAUUUGCUAAGACGAGGCUGGUCAGUGCUGAAUAAUGGAGCCUCCUUUAUAAUGGUAGCUCCCGGCUCGUCUCUCCAGCCUUCCUUUUCCUACUGAAGUAGCAGCCAUGAGCAUGCUCAGGCUCCAGAAGAGGCUGGCCUCCAGCGUCCUGCGCUGCGGGAAGAAGAAGGUCUGGCUGGAUCCUAACGAGACCAACGAGAUCGCCAACGCCAACUCGCGCCAGCAGAUCCGUAAACUGGUGAAGGAUGGUCUUAUCAUUCGCAAGCCUGUUACGGUCCACUCCAGGGCCCGCUGCCGCAAGAACACACUUGCACGCCGCAAGGGAAGACACACUGGUGUCGGUAAGAGAAAGGGUACUGCCAAUGCCCGUAUGCCAGAGAAGUUGUCCUGGAUGCGCCGCAUGAGGAUCCUGCGUCGUCUUCUGCGUCGCUACAGGGAGUCCAAGAAGAUUGACAGGCACAUGUACCACAGCCUCUACCUGAGGGCCAAGGGUAACGUGUUCAAGAAUAAGCGUAUCCUUAUGGAGCACAUUCACAAGCUGAAGGCAGACAAGGCCCGCAAGAAGCUCCUGUCCGACCAGGCCGAGGCUCGUCGCUCCAAGACAAAGGAGGCCCGCAAGCGCAGAGAAGAGCGUCUCCUGGCCAAGAAGGAGGAGAUCAUCAAGAACUUGGCCAAGGAGGAAGAGGCCAAGAAGUAAUCUGGCUCUGUCCGUCCUGCCUGACUCUGCCAACAGUCAAGUUGUGACAAUAAAAGUGUACAUAAAGACA